AUGGCUGUUUUCCGGUUAACGUUACUGCUGCAAGUGGGAAUGGUCCUCGGAUCGAGUCCCGGAUCUGCCCGGUGGCCGUCGCACGGCGGGGAGACGGGAUCGCAGCAGCAGUUCGACACCAGUCAAACACGUCGGUGGCCGGCGCAUCUCCGCGCGUUCCCUCUCCCGAGCGAGGCGCAGAAAAUAGGGGAGCAUCUCCCGAGGGUCGUCACGGCGUUCCUGCACACGGGGGACUCGGCCAUGCUGAGAAACGCCAACUGCUCGCGAAGAUACGAGCUCGCCUCUCUGCGGGGAAGGUCACACGCCACCCCGCAUCAUUCCAUGAACGGCGUGCUCGACACGGUCGUGCACGCCACAAACUUCCUGAACAUGAUACUGCAAGCCAACAGGUCCAGGGAGGAGAGUCUCAGGCGAGACAUCGAGUGGUAUCACGCCCUCGUCAGGAGUAUACUGGAGGGAGACCCCAAGAUUCACCGGGCAGUUGUCACAUUCAUCACCGAGCCGGUGGCCGCCGGGCCCUCGGUGCUCCUCCAGGCGACCAGAGCCGGCGGAGAGAUAGUUCUCCAAGACCUCUCCGGCGUGGCCCACGACCACCUGAAAAACCGCACCGUGGAGACAGAGUGGUACCACGAGGUCAAGGACAGAAAGGAACCCCGUUUCCACAGGAGGGUGCUGAGUCAAGACUUUCAGUCGGUUGACAACUCCAUACAAAGAGGGGAGAGUUUCAUCCCGGACAAAACGCACAUCAAAUGGUCUGCCCCAUACCUGGAAUGUCAGAAUGGGAAUUUCCUUCCGCGUUGGCUUUUGACCUUAUCCGCCGGCUUCUAUGGCCUCAAACCCAACCUGGCACCAGGUUUCAGGGGUGUGGUGCGAGUAGACAUUAAUCUACAGGAUGUUGAUAUCGACCAAUGCUCCACUGACGGCUGGUUUGCUGGAACCCAUCGAUGCAACCUGACCACGAUGGAGUGUUUACCAAUCCAUGGCCAUGGGUUUGUGCUAGACAAAUACAAGUGCCACUGCAAGAAAGGGUUCUACCACCCCAACAGAUUAGCUGUCAACGGCUUCAAAAGGACGGGGCAAAAGGGUAAAGUCACAGACAGCGGUCCCAACGCAGACGAGGGGUCCUCCAGCGACUGCCUACCCUGCCAGGACGGCUGCGCCUACUGUAAGGACGACACCCCUUGCGUGGCCCUGGAGGACAGCGCCCUACGCAUGGCCGUGCUGGCUUUCCAGUGCCUGUGUAUGCUGACACUCUUCAUUAGCAUGGUGCUCAUCUACCAUUUCCGCAGGAAUAAGAGUAUCAGAGCCUCGGGUCUGGUCCUGCUGGAAGCCAUCCUGUGUGGAGCCCUGCUCCUGUACUUUCCGGUUGUGAUUCUCUAUUUCAAGCCGAGUAUUUUCCGCUGUAUCCUGCUGAGAUGGGUUCGACUGCUCGGUUUUGCUACUGUCUAUGGGACGCUGACUCUCAAACUCUACAGGGUCCUGAAGGUAUUCCUGUCCCGUACGGCCCAGAGGAUUCCCUACAUGACCAGCUGGAGAGUGCUACGCCUGCUGGGCAUCAUCCUGCUCAUCGUCUGCUGGUUCCUGGUGGCCUGGACAUCCGCUGUCUGCCAGAAUGUGGACAAGAAGCUGGCUCUCAUCGAUGUGGGCUACACGCCCGACGGGCUGCAGUUCAGCAUGUGUCUGCUUGAUCGCUGGGACUACAUGAUGGCUGUUGCUGAGUUCCUCUUCCUGUUGUGGGCAGUGUAUUUGUGUUACGCUGUGAGAACUGUCCCGUCUGCGUUCCACGAGCCACGCUACAUGGCCAUCGCUGUUCACAAUGAGCUUGUUCUGUCAGCUAUAUUCUACGUAAUCAGGUUCACUCUGGCUUCUGAGCUUCAUCCAGACUGGAUGCUGCUGCUGUUUUUCACUCACACCCAUCUAACUCUAACAGUCACUUUGGGCCUACUGCUUAUCCCUAAAUUCUUGUUUGCUGGUACCCACAUGAGAGAUGAUAUUGCCUCUGAAGCCUAUGAAGAUGAACUGGACAUGGGUCGGUCCGGGUCCUAUCUCAACAGCAGCAUAACAUCAGCAUGGAGUGAACAUAGCCUGGACCCAGAGGACAUCCGUAUGCCAGAUGAAAUGGGCCAUCUGAGUUCUAUUAAUGGCUGUGGCGUAAGGUCUUGCGACAGUCUUUGGGAAAAACGUACCAACGAGGAGCUGAAGAAGCUCUAUUCCCAGCUAGAAAUCUACAAGAGGAAGAAAAUGCUAGCUAACAACCCUCACCUCCAAAAGAAGCGGAGCUCCAAGAAAGGCCUGGGUCGCUCACUGAUGAGACGCAUCACUGAGAUUCCUGAAUCAGUGCACCGGCAGUGCAGUCGUGAGGACAAAGAAGCAGGGGAACAUGGAAGCAACCGUAACAGUAUCUGCUUGUUGAAGAAGAACCCCUUUGACCCAGCUCACCAAGGAAAGCCAGCCAAAGAGGAGACACUGAAGAACAAAGUCUUCUCCCUUAAGAAGUCCCACAGCAGCUACGACCAUGUCCGCGACCAGAGUGAAGACUCCAACAGCUCAGCAACAGACAAGAUGGAGGUGACUGCAGCAGACAGCCCCCUUCUUGAUACGCUGAAAAGCAAAAAGCUAGUUAAGAAGAAGUCUGUUGAGAAGAUAGAUGCCUCAAGUGAAUUGACUGAGUCCGUCCCUUUGGUCUGCAAAUCAGCCAGUGCCCAUAACCUCACUGCAGAAAAGAAACCCAUACAUCCAAGAACCUCCAUGCUGCAGAAAUCCCUCAGUGUCAUUGCCAGUGCCAAAGAGAAGACUUUGGGCUUGACAGGAAAGACUCAGAGUGCAGAAGAUAGCAAUAAAAAGAUCCAGCCAAAGAAUAAAGACACCAAGUCCAGUAUAGAGUUGGAGGAGGAAUGCCAUCCCAAAAUGAUAAUCAGCCAGUCAGUUGAGUACAAACAGACCGCGGCAAAAGGUGGGAUAAUGAAACAGCAGGUGAGUGGAAGUCAGCCAUCAAUCUGCACUGACACUGCAAAGGGUAAAGACCUCUACGACCUCUCAGAAGUUUGUCCCUGGGAAGUGGAGGAUCUCCCAACUCCCUCCGAGAACAAGGUCCAGAAGCAUGUGUCCAUAGCACCAAAAGAAACCACAACAGUACAUGGGAGUGGUACCAAGGGGGUCAAACCUCAGCAGCAGAAACAGAAAUCCUCUGACCAGACCCCGUCAGGAGGCAGGCACUCCAGAGAAAUCCAGAGGAUGAGUGCUGACAGAACAGAGAUUUGUCCAUGGGAGGAUGGAGCUGAGAGUCAAGCAGCUCAGUCUGAAGGGUCAAAGCAAAAACUAUCCAGUCAGGUUUGCCAGCCAGCCAAGACCCAACAGCCUCUUUCCGGAACAGAAAGUUCAAAAAGCAGUCGGGCCGAGGGCUCCCCAUGGGACUUUGAAGAGACCACAACAAAGCCACAUCAGGUGGCUCACCUUCCUGAUGUGACAAAGCAGAGACAAGGCACCACUCCAGCCGAGGAUGAAGGGAGAAAUGUCCUUUCCGAGACCUCCAAAGUCGGAAGCUCGCUCCAACCUUCAACGUUGGUUUCAAAAGCUGAUGUGUGUCCCUGGGAUUAUGAUCCCACCGCUGUAUCUCCAGUUUCUGAGAGAGGCACUAGUCCUUCUGGGGUUUCCAAAACCAAGGAAUCCCCUUCCAAAAACAAGGGCACACCUCCUGCGAGAACAAUUGAGAAGGAGAAAGAGAUGUCAAAAGAUACUGAUGAUGAGAAAAGCAGAACAAAAGCCAAAGACAAGAGUAAAUCCUCAGAAAAACAUUUGAGUCAACAAAAAAUGGCGGAAGUGUGCCCUUGGGACGUAGGGAGUGAUCAGGAGGUUCCAAUGGUAGAAAAAAGGAAAUGUGCUAAUGUCGGAGCAGUCACAGGAAAACAGGCUGAGGUGUGUCCAUGGGAUUUUCAGGAUACAUCGGAUAAAAAAGGACAACACAAAAAUGCCUCAGCAUCUAAACAGAGCAAUCCAAAUCCCAAAGUGGGGAUUGGAAGUAAAGUAAAAAAGGCAGAUGUUUGUCCCUGGGACUUUGACGAUAGCAUAUCAGGCAAAAAAGCAUGA